AUGGACAUGGACGGCAACGGCAACGGCAACGGCAACGGCAACUCCCCGCGGCCUCCUACUCCGCACCGGCCGGAGCGGGAGGGGAGCUACAACAGCUACGACAUCGAGAGCAUGGACGGCGGCUCCGGGGCGCCGCCGUGGCGCCAGCACAACAACGGCUCCUCCGAGGCCCUGCUCCGCUACGACGACGGCGGCGGCGCCGACCGCGGGAGCGCGGCGCGCCAGCCGCUGCUGAGGAAGCGCACCAUGAAUACGACCUCCCAGAUCGCCAUCGUCGGCGCCAACGUCUGCCCCAUCGAGAGCUUGGAUUACGAAGUCGUGGAGAAUGACCUUUUCAAGCAGGACUGGCGAUCAAGAACGAAGAAGCAGAUAUUUCAGUACAUUGUCCUCAAGUGGAGCUUGGUACUCCUUAUUGGCCUACUAACUGGAGUUGUUGGCUUCUUCAACAAUCUUGCGGUUGAGAACAUUGCUGGAUUCAAAUUGCUGCUCACGAGUGAUCUUAUGCUCAAGGGGAGGUAUAUUGGAGCAUUUUUUGUGUAUGGAGGUUGGAAUUUAGUCUUGGCGGCAGCUGCAGCAGCAAUCUGUGCUUAUAUUGCACCUGCUGCUGCUGGGUCUGGUAUUCCUGAAGUUAAAGCAUAUCUUAAUGGGGUUGAUGCCUAUUCUAUAUUAGCUCCUAGUACACUCUUUGUUAAGAUUUUUGGUUCAAUACUUGGAGUUUCAGCUGGAUUUGUGCUAGGAAAGGAAGGGCCCAUGGUACAUACAGGGGCAUGUAUUGCCAACUUGCUUGGUCAGGGUGGAUCACGCAAGUAUCAUCUUACUUGUAACUGGCUACGAUACUUUAAGAAUGACAGGGAUAGGAGAGAUUUGAUCACAUGUGGAUCUGCAGCUGGUGUAGCAGCUGCCUUCCGUGCACCUGUUGGUGGUGUUCUGUUUGCUCUUGAAGAAGCAGCAUCAUGGUGGCGAAGUGCUCUUUUGUGGAGAACAUUCUUUACAACUGCUGUUGUUGCGGUGGUAUUGAGGGGACUGAUUGAGUUCUGUCGCAGUGGAAAAUGUGGUCUCUUUGGGAAAGGUGGAUUGAUCAUGUUUGAUCUCAGUUCAACUGUUGCAACCUACAGUACUCCAGAUCUAAUUGCAAUUAUAAUCCUUGGGAUAAUUGGUGGAAUCUUUGGAGGCCUCUUCAACUUUCUGUUGGACAAGAUCCUCCGAGUUUAUAGUAUUAUCAACGAGAGAGUGUCCUACUGUUGGUCGCUUCGAGCAAUUAUAAGAACUUCCAAUGCCCACCAGGGCAUUACAAUGAUCUUAAGUCCACUCUUCUUCAAUACAAAUGAUGAUGCCAUCCGCAAUCUCUUCAGCAACGGCACAUCAACUGAGUUCCAAAUGUCAUCUCUUUUCAUCUUCUUCACUGCUAUUUACUGCCUUGGACUGGUGACUUACGGUGUUGCUGUCCCAUCUGCAUCUUUUCUUGGUGGAACAAUGAGAAUGACUGUGUCAGUCUGUGUGAUCCUUCUAGAGCUCACCAAUGAUCUCCCCAUGCUCCCUCUACUCAUGCUUGUUAUUCUCAUAUCCAAAACCAUAGCAGAUAACUUUAACAAGGGAGUUUAUGAUCAGAUAGUGGUGAUGAAAGGCUUGCCAUUCAUGGAGGCUCAUGCUGAACCAUACAUGAGGCACUUGGUUGCUGGUGAUGUGGUGUUUGGCCCACUAAUCACCUUUUCUGGUGUUGAGAAAGUGGGGAACAUUGUUCAUGCAUUGAGGUUAACUGGCCACAAUGGUUUUCCUGUGGUUGAUGAGCCACCCAUAACGGAAGCCCGGAACUGCUUUGUUCUGCUAAGAUUUGGUGCAUUUGACUUUGCCAAACCAGGUUCAGGUAAAGGUUUGAAAAUUGAGGAUCUGGAUUUCACUGAUGAGGAGAUGGACAUGUAUGUGGAUCUCCACCCGAUCACAAAUACAUCACCUUACACAGUGGUUGAGACAAUGUCACUGGCAAAAGCGGCAAUCCUUUUCCGGGAACUCGGGUUGAGGCACCUUUUGGUUGUGCCAAAGACACCAGACAGGCCUCCCAUAGUCGGGAUUCUCACGAGGCAUGAUUUCAUGCCUGAGCACAUUCACAGUCUGUUCCCGAACCUCAAUCCUCACAAGUACCAUUCAGCAUCAAUGGCAGGUUGA